AUGGCCUCUGAUGUCCUUAAGCCGGGCGGUUCGCUGCUGUCACGCCUCGCCAGACUGGAGAGGACGGGCUCACUUUCACUUUCGAGUUUGACGUGGGGGGGCAGGGCUGCGACGGGGGGGCGGCUGCUGCCUUUGUGUCCAGAAAGGACCGUUGUGAAAAUAGUAACUCGGAAACGGAGAGAAAUCCGGGACGACAAGAAAACAGACAAGACUUCUCCACUUGCACCAAACCCCUUGCUCCGGUUUGGCGACGCGUCCAUUUCAGCGCCGCCUGCACGUUCCGAACCCCCCCGCGCGCGCCACCAGUCCUCUACACGCACGUCUACGUCCACGUUGUGCACCACAAUGUUAGAAUCAGGACCAGAAUGGACGUCAGAAGAGGUUAAAACCGGGACCACCAUUAUAGGGAUAGAGUUUGAUGGAGGGGUUGUGUUGGGUUCUGACUCCAGGGUGUCCGCUGGCGCCACAGUGGUGAACAGAGUGAUGAACAAGCUGUUGCCCCUCCACGACAAGAUCUACUGCGCCUUGUCAGGCUCAGCAGCAGACGCUCAGACCAUCGCGGAGAUCGUCAACUACCAGCUGGACGUCCACAGUGUCGAGAUAGACGAGGACCCGCAGGUCCGGUCCGCUGCCUCGUUGGUGAAGAACAUCUCGUACAAAUACAAGGAGGAGCUCUCUGCGCACCUCAUCGUGGCCGGCUGGGACCGGAGAGCCGGGGGGCAGGUCUACGCAACGCUGAACGGCCUGCUGACCCGGCAGCCCUUCGCGGUCGGCGGUUCUGGCAGCUCCUACAUCUACGGGUUCGUCGACGCCGAGUUUCGCAAGGCCAUGAGCAGGGACGCGUGCCAAGAGUUUGUCAUCAACGCUCUGUCUUUGGCAAUGAGCCGUGACGGCUCCAGCGGGGGUGUGGCUUACCUCGUCACCAUCGACGAGCACGGCACAGAGGAGAAAGUAAUUCUGGGAAACGACUUGCCAAAGUUUUACGACCAGUGAAUACACAGCUCAUUAAGAGAGGAUCCAGUCACUACUGACUGACAGAAGUACAUCUAGAAAUUUGCAUUCUUCACAAAUCCCCCAUGAGGCACACGUGCACGCAAACACACACACACACACACACACACACACACACUAGUAACACUGCAAACAAUAAGUCAGCAGUCUUUAGCCUCCCAUGUAGACAGGCUCGUCACCUGUGGGCUGUAAUUGGAGAUAUAAGGGUCGUGUGGGGAAAUCGCUCCUUCAUGGCACCCUGAGAAAUAGAAUCUGCAUAUCAGGGGGGUGGGGGGGGGAUGGGGAUUUUUGCUUGCAGAUCUCAGCUGUGAUUUCAUGCCAUUGUUCAGGCGCUUUCGCUUUGUAACCAACAGCAGUUUUGGAACAGACAGCAGCUCCACAUGAUGACUAGCUGUCUCAUGAAGCCGGUGCUCAGGUACUUCACUUUAGAGACGUUUUACAGACACGCUCUUAGUUUAUACGUGUGCGCAUAUGAAUAUUUGCAAUAACGGCUGCAUGAUGCAUUUUUGAUGCGUUGGGGGGCUUUCUGAAGAAUAAAUGAAUUUUAAA